CAUACGGUUGUGUAUGCGGAACCUGUGAUACGUUCGUUAAUUUUGGCUGAUUUAUCCACCUUUCGGUUAAUUUUGCUCGCAAAUUUUAAUCUUUUGAGGGUUCCUUGCAUUUAUCGACCGUCUGGUGAAAACUACAGGUCUAAAUAUACCGGUUGAAGGCCGGAAAAGUGAGACCAAAGAUAGGACAGCGAGCAUAUUGGACUCAGCAACCCUGAUGACUUCCGACCAGGGAACUAGCGGGGGAGCUGAGCUGCAACUAGGAAGUAAUCUGGUUACCCCAAAGAGUCAUGGACUCAACCCAAACGCCAACAUCUUUCAGAGCAAGACACCCGCGGCUGCAGCAGCAGCACCAGCAGAGCCACCACAUUGGGAGGGGGAGGAUACGGCGACUCCCCCGAUGGAUACAGAUGGAUAUUCCUACAUGAACGGUGAUGUCGCCACCAAGGUCAUCCCAGGAGCAGACGUCAGCUCUGUCAUGGUGGCGCCCCCUGCAGCAGCGAUGGUACAAAUGAUGAAAACAGAAAUUAUGAAUGGUGCAGUAGAAACUUCCGAUCUCAUGGUUCACACGACGAAUGAAGCGACCGCAGGAAUGACGAGUCCAGUGUCGCCCGCCAUGGCUGCGAUACCGAUGUCGCCCGCUGCUACAGGGACCUUACCAGCUGAUAUGGUAGCAAACACGAGUGAUUAUAGCGGCGCUACCUCGCCACCCCUGCCAUCUUCAUCGUCUACAGCCCUGCCAACAUCUCCUCUAUCUCCAGGAGAUCCAUUAGACGGUACUAUCCCCAGUGAUCAGCUCAGAACGAUGUUGAAAGAACAGUUAGAAUAUUACUUUUCAAGGGAUAAUUUAGCAAGCGACUCGUAUCUAGUCUCACAGAUGGACGGGGACCAGUAUGUUCCCAUAGCAACUAUAGCAAGUUUCAACCUUGUCAAACGAUUAACUACAAAUCUUGAGUUGAUUGUAGAUGUACUCAGAGACUCUUCUCAUGUUCAGGUGGACGAGAAGGGGGAGAAGGUGCGACCCCUUCAUAAACGGUGUAUUGUGAUACUUAGGGAAAUACCCGACAGUACUCCUCUAGAGGAUGUAAAGAAUCUAUUUUCUGGGAAGAACUGUCCAAAUUUCGUCAGCUGUGAAUUCGCUCACAACAACAGUUGGUACGUGACGUUCGACUCUGAUGAAGACGCUCAGCGGGCCUACCGUUAUCUUCGUGAAGAAAUCCAAAUAUUCCUUGGACGACCAAUAAUGGCGAGGAUAAAAGCCAAGCCUUUAUUACGGAGUACGUUCAUGCCUAAGAACGGUUUCAAGCCACAGUACGUUGCCGGUGCGGGUAACCAGGCACCUGUCCCUUACAGCAAUCAGCCGUCACCCCAGUCGACCUUUACCACUGCUACAAGCUACACGCCGUCAAUACCAAGUGUACAAUACAUCAACAGCCAGCCCCAACAGGUGCCACCCCGGCUUGAACACAACAACAUGGCACCAUCUAUUCAGAGCCAACCCCGACAGUCUUUCCCCUUCUACCAGCCCAACACGGUGUUGCCCGCUUGGCCGCCCACCAGCCCGCCAUUUUUCGACCCGGGCAUGGUGAGUACAUCAAAUGUGUUCCAUGUCAACGGGUACCAACCUCAAGGGACGUUCAAGCUCAACCAGCCGCCAAGUCGUCACGGUUACCAGAAUAUCAGAAACAGGUAUAAUCGGAUGAUAUCGUUUAUGACACGUAACACAAACUUCAGGAAUCAAAAUAGCAAACCACAUAAUCGUAACCAAAACAAUGUGAUGGAACGGAAUAGCGUUGAUGGUGGCCGUCUCGAGAGUGGGCGCCCGGUGUCUGCGCAUGAGCGUGAACGACACUCUUCAGUGCCAAUGCAUCGCAGUAGUCCUCGUAUGAGUGAGAUCAGCCAUAACGUAGUGGAACAAAGCCAGGUGCAAGGUCAAGGUCGAAAGAGUUCAAGCAGUAAUCAGACUUACCACUCGCCUACUAAUAGUCAGUCACAUACCCCACCUGCAAUGCCUGUUCAAGAGAGUAACGUGCCGCCUAUGAAUCCACGACAUUCACGUGAACCACGUGAUGCAGAACCCCCAUUAGUCAAAGACCAAGCCUCUCAACAGAAUCGCAGUGCGUUCAAAAGUCGGAGGAGACGAGAAGAAGAUGGUGCUAAAAAUACACGUCAAUCCAGCUCCCAAACCUUAUCAAAAGAGUCUGGUAAACCGCUGGCUGGUUCGCCCAAGUUUGAAUUAGAAUCCACUUCAUUUCCGCCAUUGCCUGGCUCUACGGUAAGUCGAAAUACUAAUAACGCAACAACCGGUGAUGUAUUUGAAAACAAGAUGUCUGAUGUUGUCAAGGGAACUGCCAAACCGUUGACACGGGAGACGACGAAACCUGCUGUUGCACAGUCUCCACAGAAGGACACCACGAUAGCUCCUUCUUCGUCUGCGCCAACGCCAUCUACCGGUAGUGUUACACCGGCAUCGCCACCCUUGUCACCUAAAAAAAUUGAAAGCAAAGUUGAGAAGUCCAGUAGUGCUCCGCUCGAGUCGAGUAGUAGUAAUAAACACGAGGCGUCACCGGCAGUGACUGCGGAGAAGAAGGUCACAGCAUCGACAACCACCAGUAGUCCUGGUAAUGUAACCACGCCAACCAAUACAACAAGUGCUACUUCACAACCAACAAAGCAACCACAGCAGCAUUCACACCACUCCAGAGACUCUCACUCAUCGACGAAAGAUCAUAAAGAACAGACGUCAAAAUCGACACCUAAACAACUGCCAGCCCACGACAAGGAGGAAGAGAAGCGUGCCCCGUCAUCAGAGCCUGCGCGGCUGACCUAUGCUCAAAUGUUGGCCCGCAAAGGAGCCGCUAGUGGCGGUGCAGCAAGCCCGCCCGAGGAGGACCUCAAAGACUCUAAUGAUGCGAAACCUCAGGCUUUAAAAGAACAGUCACAGAUAUCAUCAAAACCGGGAAGCGCUUCAGUCAGUAAGGCGCCCUCGAAGGGUGGAGAUCUUACUAGGAAGGAUCGCAAUGAUCCUAAGGAGCAGAGAGUCAUGGGGCGUCGUGCUAAGGAGAACCGGGCUGAGCGCCGUGAGAAAGAUAAGCGGCAAGAUCGGCCUCGAUCGCCAACAAAAUAAACAUUGACAGACUUCUUCGGAUUUCGAUACUUUUUUUGCCGCAGUGGCCUCGACCGAUUGUGAUCUUUAAGGAUGAGUGUGUCCAGUAGUGUGAUAUGCUGCAAACUGUUCAUCGUGCAGAUGUGGCUCUGGUAGACGUCUGGCAUGCCAGACUUGAUUGGUUGCCAUGAUCGUCUGCCUCUAUUUGGACACGGCGUCUGCUUGGAUACGAUUCAAAACAAACAUUCUAGCAGCUUGAUAAUGCUAGCGUGGCAGACGGUGGUUGAUCUGUGGCGCCAUAAGCAUGAUAGCGUGGCACAGCGUGCUAGGGACUAGCUUGUGGCGGUUGCCUUACUCGUGGAGGUUGUCACGACCUCGCUUCGCCAUAAUGUCUUGAAUGGCAUGAAGAUAAAGGACUUCUAAAACUGGUGCAUGUGACAAAAUGUGCAGGGGUGGUUACCAUGGUGACAUGUAUGCUGUUGCUGUGGUGACGGGUAAGAUGUUACCGUGGUGAUGGUAUGAUCCGAACACAACAUACUGCUGCGGAGGCCAAUUCUUGGAUGUGUGUUUCAUAUUCAUGAUAAAAGGACCGGUUUUGAGCAGACGUCAAACCAGUUACAGGACCGGUUUACUGCUGAUGUUGCACAAUAAACGCCAGGUUUCUGAAAAUCAGUUUCAACGGUUGUUGGACCAGUUGGGCGAACUUUAAACCGGUCGGUGGUGGAUCUCUCAACCUGCCAUUUUCACAACAAAAACCAUUUCAUUAUCACCGAAUCAUUUCCAUGAAAAUCAUUGUGAAUUACAAACAAACUUGUCAAUGGCUUGUUUUUCGGCAGAUGCGGAGGUUGUAUAUAAAAUGCAGAAUGUAAUUGUGGCUGUAGUAACGGUGACUUUGCUGGAUUUUUUGGUGUGAUACGUUUGGAAGAAGCAGCCAUGAUGUGGACGGAUCGCUAAUAUCCUCAAUCUAUAUUUCUAUUGUCCACAUCUGCAGAAAAACAUAAGCGAUUCUUGUCGUAGGAGUGUGUGCUCAGCUGAUGAAGUCAUGUUUGGACACCGAGAUGACUCUGGUUUGAACGGACGAUGAACGGGUCAAAAUGGACUUCCUUGGAUCUCUUCUCUCGGUGUUUCAUUGCAAUAUUCUCCGGAAGGAGUCUUCACUCUGUACCUGCGUUUGCUAUCAUUCAAACCUCAUACAACCGGAAUUCAGAAAAAAUCCGAAAAAUGAUGGUGCCAGUUUACUGAACAUAAUUGAAGGCAUAUUGACUAGGCCUCAAUAUGGCCUAUUUCCUCCCUAGCGUUCUGCUUGACUUCAAAUUCCUCGACUCUUGAUUAAUUUUCCUCCUCGCAGCCGUGUGGCCGUGGAGAUUCAUGGUGUUUGGCAUCUGCUUCACUGUGGCUUUGCUAAGACUCAUCGGCGAACAACCAUCAUUGAAAGAAGUUUUGAAAAAAGAGAUUUAUAAAAGUAACUCGUGAAACUUCCUGGUAUUUCUGUUAGAAAAACCUUAGUUUUUGUCAAACAUGAAUCGAGGAAUUGGUAUGGCUCUGAUUCUUGAUUAUGCAGGUGCUGAUCCUUGACAGCAGGGUUGCAUCACAGGUCCUGGUGACUCGGUCGUUAUAACAUGUUGCGAUAAAUCAGUGGCGACAUCUUUAGCUACAAGGUGAAACGUUCUUGUUUCGCCAAAUGCUGUGAUAAUCAUGACAAUAAUUAUUACUCCCCCGAUGAGAGGGCGUUAUCAGUAUGUGGAUAAAAAGAGGACGCCAAGCGUUUUGAUUAUCCGUAGAUUAUGUGCUCGCUGGUUGAAUAUAGCCCGUUGCCAAAAUAAUGGGAGGUAGCUGUACACCAGUUUGAAAUAGCUGUGAGUUGGUGAAGGGGCGUUCUCUAGAUUUAGGUUAUGGUGACUUCUAUGCGUGGCUAGUAAAACUGCGAGGCCAGUUGACUUGAUUCCACGGUACUUCAGAUCGUGUCGAGGGUUCAGGUCCCUGUGCUAAUCUGGUGGGUUCCUGUGCCACCUUGGUUCGAUUUGUUGCGGGACGGGUACAGACUUGUUUGUUAUUGUUUUCAUUUUCACUUUUGGAGUUUGACAGAGAUUUUGUUUUUCGUUUGAUAUGACUGUUUGUAAUGGCAACACACGCUGCCCUAAGCGGGCGUUGAUUUUUGUGUUGUGCUUAGAUAGUGUAUUGACUGGUGUACGUUGGAGGCAGAACUGUUGACUAUUCUACAUAACGGUGGAAAAUAACAGCUUGACUGACAGUUGAUCUGAGCGGUGUGUUCUCAACCUCUCAUGUUGGUUCAAAUAGGCACAUACCUGCUUGAUUUCUUCCUGCGUUUGUUCACAUUAUAAACAGCCGUAUUUGUAGGGCUCACUUGGGUAGUGAUAACUCUACUUUGUCUGGCGAGGUGUCUGCUGGGGGACUGAUCAACAAGUCCAGUUGGUGGCUGAAGUUAGGAACACCUUCUAAGCUUGAUUAUCUUCUCUGGUUUCAGAGGACUUAUAAACUUGUUAAAUGUUUGGAUUGAAUGCGACGCCUGUUGUUAGUAUGUAGGAUUGAUUGAGUAACUUGUAUGUUCGUGUAAGCCGUCCCAGGUCAAGGUCAAGAUGUCAUGGGUCGUUUGGUUCUUGGUCUAGGCCUGCCCAUGGCGAGAGCUGUCGUCCUCUCAGGGUAGGUUAUCUCUGCUUGAUGCAACAGCAGUCAUUGGCACAAGAUCUGACAAGUUGUUAACCCAGACAUAGAGUUCCGUGUCUCACAUAGAGUUGACGUUCAUUGACUUGACCUGUGGUGGUCUAUUUCAUCCAUGCUCCAAUCCCCCAGCAGUCACCUUGUGGUAUUUAUUUACGACUUUUACUAUUUUUACAUGCGUUGUGUCCUUUUAACUGGCAUGUGGUACAGAUUAUGAUAUAAAAAUCAUCUGCUGGUUCGAGAUUCUCAAUGGUAGUGAUGGAUUGCGUAACCUGUCUUAUGUCAAUGGUGCUUUGUAGUCACCUGCUGUGACUUGGCGCAUAUCUGCCGUUACAGCGUCGUCUGCUCCUCAAUCCCGCUCUAGAUGUGGUGAUUUCUAUCUUAUGACAUAUUCCUAGUACCAGUAACUGGUUUGGCCAGCACUGCCUUGAGAACCUCGAAGCACCAGAAUGGACAGAUCAAGUUGAUCAAACUUGCAUGAACCCUGGGUGGUUUCAUCACCGUCAAAAAGUGUGAAAAUUCAUAUGAAGAUAAUUUUGUACAGAAAAUUGUUGUUGCUCCAUGGAUGAAACAUAUAUAUAUAUGUAGAUAUAUGAACAAUGGGUUCACCAUGUUAACUGUGUACGUGUGCCGUUUCCUGUAGAUGCUAGGUGCCUGGGGUUCAAGAGACCACGGCAGAACUGCAAUUUUGGUGUAUUUGUGCAUUUUAAUAACCUGCUGAUUAUGAUUUUCUUUGGUGUUGAAUCGCUGGCGACGUUGCUGUGAACUUUAGAUUUGUUGAUUUGGUUUCUUGACUUUCGAGGGUUAACGAUCACAUUUCAAAGAUGCUCACAUUGUGGUAUUUGCGUGGUUUGAGGAAUUCAAAUGUGGCCAGGCUGAUUUCUACCUAGAGACUAUGUUGACUGGAUUGCAGUCUCUGGUAUGCUGACCCUAGCUGGGUUAAGACCAGAUUGCGAUUGGCUGGCCUGCUUCAGAAGUUAGAUUACACACUUGGUCCUUAUUCCCGAUGACCGAGUUGGAGGAAGUGAAAAGUUGAUAUUGCAGUUGUCUAUCUCCUGUUGCUGGGAAUGUUCUCUUCCAUUUCUUGAGAGAGUGCCAUCAUGAUGUGUGCCGAGAAAUGGGACGACUUUCUUCUGUCAGUUUUGGCAUGUUGGUCCGACCUGACUUGAUGUAUUGACGCUAUUCAGCCACUUUCUGAGUUCACGGCAACUUCUCUGGUGUAUUACGUUAAUCGAAGCAUACUUUCGACGAAACAAAAAAAGAUUUUUAUUUCAUCUUUUAUAAAUUGUGAAGUUCAUAUAACGAGCAUUGUAGUCAAAGUGGAAUGUAUAUAUUCCUGAAUUAAGAUUAUCUUGGCAUUGGUAGAUUUGGUUCUUGUUAGCGCACCACUUGCAUGAGCAGACGGUAUGGCCUCGGCCCUAGGUCAAGUUUGGGAAGUUCACCUGUACAUUAGUGCACACUGCUGUGUGUAAUGUCCUGUGGUCUACUCCCUACUUGACCUGGGAUCUAGGAUGACUUAAAGGAAUAGGUAACUAUUGUCAGAGGAGGACAUUGGCGAAAAUAUUUGGGGAAAAUCAAUCAUGAUCUUUAACAAAAGUUGCCUAUGUCCUUCGAAGUGAAAUGCAUGAUGGGUUCCGAGCUGUAAAAUGUUCAUGCUUAUUUGGCUUAGGUUCAGACAGAUCAGGGACAUGAGUACUUACGAUACAUGUUUCUUGGCAUCUUUCUCUCUUCAUCCCAGUCUAUUUCUGGCCCUGUCGGUCGUACCUUUUACAAAUGUGUGCUAAUUAAAUAAUGGAAAUUAAAAAGAUAGCUUUCCGAUAUGCAUGGCGGGAUUUAUGUUGAGGGCAUCAGGGACAGUUGUUUUUCAAACCAUGCCAGUUUUGUAGAUGGUGCUUAUUCAUAACGAUAUUUGGUGGUGGGUUCAUAUUACGAUUAAAUCUCUAUAAAUUGGGUGGCUGUCGGUCUUUUCUUUAGAUUUCAAAUCUACUUGUAUAUCAAUCUGCUAAGCAUUUCAUCCUUCAGUUGUUAUAAAGUAACUGAAGUUGGCCAAUAAUCUCAUUCUUGUUCAAAUUGGGAAAAAGUUUGAAAAAUAUUUGCAGAAAAAAUUUCUUUGAGAAUUUAGCUAUUUCUAGCAGAAAAAUUUAGUGAUAGUGUUGGGUUUAUGUUAUAUGUCUCUCUCUCUCUCUCUCUCUCAUGGACAUGUUUCUUUAAGCCUCUUUUCUUUUGAUGAACCCUCGGAAUUGAUUCUCACAGACACUAUCCUAGCAGUCAUGUUCAUGAUCUGUUUGAAUGCUCCCACCUGUCUGUUGCUGCAUUCACGUCUAAAAACCAUCUCGUGUUGGAACGAUGUCACCUAUCAAGGCGCUGCUCGUUUAAUUGCAAAUGCAUUUCAUACUCAUUAUGGGAUAUAGGGGGCGCCUGUUAUGUGUUAUUAAAAAAAUUACAUGUUCAGAGUAUUUAAAUGCGGUUAGGUAUAUUUUCUUAGGAAGGCUCAGUUUACACCCUACUGUUGUACAUUCAUCAUCUGCUUCGACCAAAUUAGGCUGAACUUGCUGUGCAUUUAUGUACAUGUAUGUAUGGAAAACAUACACAGAUUUUCUGCCUGUUUGAUUGAACCAGACUCUCUGCUUGUUGCACUGCAUAAGCCCUCACAGGGUGUCUCUUAAAAACAUGGUUAAUUUUCACAAUUUUCUUCUUUAUAAUUUUCUAGGUUGGCAAAAUCGUGAAAUUGUUAGCCAUACUUAACCGAUGCUUUGUUGAAGUGGAAUCGUGUCUCUUCCUUUAAGAAACUGAAAUACCUCAUGUUAUCUAAAGAAUAGUGGAUGUAUUGUCGCAAAUCCAAAAAUCUUUUGUAAAAUAACAAGAGUUGCUACCAAUUAGCGCUUCAAUAUCAAUAGCUGCUGUAACAGCAACUCAAGACGACCUUAGUUUGAAGAUUUUCACAUGUUACAUAGAGGAAUAGAAUGGAAUAGAUUUUGCCUGGUUGUUAUACUAGCGUUUUAUUAAUUGACAAGGGUACACUUGUGCUCAAAUUGCUGAAUUAUGUGAUUUAUGAAUAAAACAGGAACGAAUUGACACCGCUAGGCCUAGAGACAUUGACCUAGUGUAUUCCAGAAUCUUUCCUAUUUCAUGCUUAAUUUGCUAAAAUCGACUGUAUCUUUGAAAUACAUGCACCCUAUCUUCUGCUGUAAUAGUGUUUGUUUGGUCUCGUGGUGUUACUGCCUGACGUUGAAAUUGUAAGGCUACGUAAAGUUUGAGAUGAACUUGGGGCCGUCCAUGAGGUGAACCAUAUGUGUAAAGUUUCAAUCUUGUGUGAAUUUCAUAUGAACAUGGUCAUUUUUAUGCUGCAAAGACCUUGUUAACUGCCAGUUUCUAUGUCUAUGAUAACAUCUUGGACAAGAGAUUUUCAAUAUUUUACAGAUGUUGGCGAAAUUGACCUAAAUUUUUCGGUACAAUACAUUCUAAAACAACUAACACCUGUUCAUAUAAACAUUCGCACCAAAUCAAACCAAGGGGAAAUUACCAUUGUAAAAUGUUUAAAAGUUUUUUACCCGAAAAUGAUGGGAUGCAUACCACAACUCGAGUCUCAAAUAUGAAUUGUACAAUUGGCUAUCAUGUUGAGUCGUGACAAGAGCGGCCCCAGUGUUCAUCUCAAACUACUAAACAUACAUAAAUACAGUGUAUUUGUACACCUAGUACUCUGUGGUAUGUUCCACAAGGAGCAGACGUCAAUCAUGUAUACAUUGUCAAACAGGUUAUCACAUGUACUGAUUGAUUAGUUAAGUGAUAUUGGACGACCAUGAUGCACUUGGGUUAUGUGAUGAGUUUUCUCGCCUCGUCGUAGAUUUUCGACGUGUGCAGGUUUUCGCUUGAUCGCUAUAUUCUCACUUGAUCUUAUUGAUUUUUGCGCAGGGUGUAAGUUGAGGGCCGGAAUGGGUUAAUGUAUGUUAUUGUUUCUUUGAACCUCCACCAGAUGGCGCCAGAUUGUUGACCUAUUCCCACAGAUAUAAGAAUAAUUGCGGACAUGCUUCCGUGUAACAAGAUUAAUUCAAAUUGUGCCAGUAAAAAACUGUCAUAGUGGCAUGUUCGUUGGGACUCAGUCUGUUAUUUAUUAUGACGGUGUUCGAUUAGUGGCAGAAAGAUGGCGCAAGUGUAGCGCUGUAUGACGUCAGACGUCCCCCUGUAUCUUUCGUUUAUUCAUUUAUACCCCUGGUUUGGGGCUUAAGUUAUUGUUGAUAUUAGGUUGCAUUUGAGCAUGCCACUUGCCUGUACGUGUAUUAAAGUGCUAUACUAUUUCACAAUCUUCAAUGACGCCACAAAAAGGACAUCGGAUGAUCAGCGUAGGGGUCAUUUUGAAAACACUGGAGAGUUCUUUCAUUUAGUGGUUUGGCUUCAUGAAAAAAUUAUUUGAUAGGCUUGCACCAAGUUUGAAAAAAGAAUUGAGUUUAUGAAGAAAUGUUAUAAUGAAUGCAGCAUGGUGGCCUAAUAUAUACAAAAAAAUUGUGGAUUUAAAAGUUGAUUAUCAAAUUGAUGGUUUUGUUGGUCUAAUUUAUUUCAAAUUGGUAUAAACUUGAUUCAGUAAAAAAUACUACAUGUCAGAUUUCGCUUACCAUAUUAAAUAAGAUAUUCAGUCUUUGGAAGCCAAGAAGUAUUGUGGAUAAUGUGUGACAUGAGGUGCUACAGUAUUGAGUUACAAACGAUUCGACAAAAUCAAAAUUUCAUAUGUGUCCACGGCUUCAGUUCUCUGAUCUCCAGCACUUUGAUUCCCAGUCAGAUUCACUCUGUGCGACAGUCACCAUGUGCUCCGCUGCAGUUGCAUCUGGCAUCUUGAAUUUGCAAUGAUCGGGCACUCCCAGCUCUGUCCAAACGUUUCUCUUGCUCAUCGGGGUGAAAAAGGGUGGAAUGUUCAUAGAAUGUCAGAUAUAUUGAUGCACUCCUUAUCACAGUUAACAUCUCACAAAUCCGGUGAAAACAUACAUGUGAUAUAGCUUUAUUUAUUAUCAUGUAGACCACCCGAAUGGGCGGUGAGAAAUAUAAUAUCCGCAGAAGAGCACAUAUAUGCUUGGUGUAGAUAGACCCACAAUCCUUGUAUGUAUACUCACAAAAACGUGAUGAAAAAUUGUGUCUGGGAGUGACAUAUGAUUUAUUCCGUCAUAAUCCGUGUCAGAAUCUGCAAAGAAUUUACAAAGAUGACUAUGGAUGCUUUGUCACACAUGCAGUCACGCAUGCAGUCACGCAUGCAGUCACGCAUGCAGUCACACAUGCAGCAACUUGGAGGGAAAAACUUCCCAGAUAAAACUUCAAAACUUGAAUCUUGCCUCAACGUUUUUUGCUCAACAUUAGAAACUCGCUCGCUGGGGACAUAGAAAUACUCUUGGGCAAAUGCAAUCUAGUUCUCAGCAGGUAGACCUGUAUGGGGCUGAUUGGCAGAGAUUUUGUGGGUGUGAUUCCAAAUAGAGCCGAAACAUUUUGUAUUUUCAUCCGAGUAAAGAUAACCCACUCGGUGACCGUCUAGCAGAAUUUAUAAUAUUUGAUUUUUAGUUGUUGCGUGUCCAGUUAGUCCAUUAUAAUAUAAAAUAUGUCUUGUAUGCCAAUGAAAUAAUUGAACCGAGAAGUAGUAAAAAUACUUUAAAUCUUGAUAAAACCCUGGCGCUGUCUGGUGGAACUGUGUGGAACCUCUAGUGGCAACAAUCAUUAUCAUGGCACUUUGCAUUUGCACGGUAAAUCAUCCGGGUAUGGAAAUUUAUAUGUCUGUCAGGUGAUGGACGUCUCAUUAGAACUGGGAGACAAGCAUUGAACUUGUUCAUGUAAAAAGUAGUUCAGUUUAAUUCAGAGUUGGGUGCAUUAUCUAUUCAUGAGGGUCCACGGUGUUGUCACUUGAAUGGUGACCUUUGACCUGGACACAUGCAAUAAGGACAUGCUCCCAAUAUCAUCAAAUUUGACAUGCUUGAAAUGCUCUUAUGCAGAUCAACAGAAUUUUUUUGAAAAAUCAGUUGGAAUUUAGUUUUGCUUUCAAGUGCUCGUCUCGCAGUUCUUUAUAUCACCACUAGAGGUCUCCAUAUGUCGUAUUAUUCACAAGUUUUCAAUGUUCGUCAGACGUCUGACCUUGUCGUCUGUUUGUCCGACAAGCAGAAUGUCCGUGGUUGUCGUGUUUUUGCUUUGAAUUAAUCGCGAGAAAGUAUUAGGACGUUUGUGUUUUCAUACUAACACUCUGGCUUCACCUUGUUAACUUGUGAAUAAAAAACAUUCAUUUAACCUCUGGA